AUGAAAUUGGAAUCUAUUCAAACUGUGGCUGCAUCCCUGGCAGUUCUUAUUACCCUUACACCGUACGUGGAUGCGUUGCAAUGUUCUAAGCAUGAUAUCUUGAAGAAAUACAAGAUAGACAAGUAUGCCUCAUUGGGUCAAAUAGAAAGGGACACCCCACCAAGUAAAACUACAGAGAAAUGGUGGGUGAAUCCAUGUGAAGAGAGUAAAGCAGAUAUUAAUAUUCCUUCUCUUUGUUAUCAGGACGAUGUCAUUUGUGGAUUAACGGAAGUAUUACUACCAGGUAAAGAUCCCCUUGUGACACAAGUGAUUAAUUUUUCCAAGAAAUUAGCUUAUUCAGUAGAAGAAGUUGAUGAUACCUUAGUUCUAUCCUUAAAGAGUACGAAGUGGGGGUCCAAUACAUUGGAUGCUAGAUUGGAAUUCAGUUGUGAUGAUAAAUUAGAAACAGAUGAAUUGUCAAAGACCACUUGGCAAAACAAUCAGAUUCUUUUGUCCAUUAAGGGUCCAUCGGGAUGUUUGAAGAACGGUAAGGACAAAGAUUCUGAUGGUAAUAAAGGUGGGAAUAAUAAUGAUGACCACAACGACAAAGGUGAUAAUAGGAAGGAAGGUAAGCCAAGAGAAGGGCAAAGUAGUGGCACCUCCUGGUUUCUCUGGUUAGUACUUUACGCGUUACUCUUCACUGUAAUUUGUUUAGUGGUUGUAUCAUACAUGAAUACCAGAGGAGGUUCAUUUGAUGACUUCCGCACUGAAUUUAUUGAACGUGCAACUGAACUCAUAACAUCUUUACCGCAGUUUACAAAAGAAAUAGUCAAUAAAGUGUUGGGUCGUGAUUCAGCUAGACGAACCGGUUACAGUGCUGUUUGA